CCAUUGGCAGUCGAACAGGAAGGAAGUAUGAAGGUCCUCGCUCUAUUCCCUCUUGUCCUUGCCUUGGCUGGCAGGGCAGCGGGGCAAUGCAGCAACAUAGAGAUCAAGAACCAGUGGCAAGGGAAUUACAUUGGCGAGUUUACUGACAAUGCUCCUGUCAAUGUUGAUGGACUUCACUUAGAGCUGACCUUCCACGCUCCUGUUAACAGCAUUGAUUACUACUCUGGGAGCGCUGAGAAGGUGGAUGACACACACUUCAUUCUAACUGACGUCAACACACACGCUUCGGUAGGGGACCAAAUAACCUUCCAGUUUCAAGUACAUUUCGAUCUGAUGGCACCUUUGGUAGUGGCUGAGGUGUUGAACGGGAAAUCUCUGUGUGAUGAGCCUUUCACAACGCCGAAACCAUUGGAUGACGUGUGUAAGGAGACGGGAAUCACUCCUUACGAUUACGGCCAGGUUCUGUGUAUGUCUUUCUUAUUCUACGAAGCUGAGAGGUCUGGCAAGCUUCCCGCGGACAUGAGGGUGAACUGGCGGGGCGACUCGGCACUGGAGGACGGGGCUGACGUGGGGCAUGACCUGACUGGGGGCUAUUAUGACGCUGGAGACCACGUUAAAUUUGGGUUCCCUAUGGCUUACACUGCUACACUGCUGGGCUGGGGUCUGGUGGACUUCUACGAGGGAUACCAGGCUACAGGACAAGUCGAACACGGGCUGGCAGCGAUAAAGUGGGCAACCGACUACUUUAUAAAGGCUCACACUGACACUUACGAGUUCUACGGUCAGGUCGGCUCUGGGGACCUGGACCACGCUUACUGGGGACGACCUGAGGGCAUGACCAUGGAAAGACCCUCGCAGAAGAUAGACAAGGACCACGGGGGUUCCGAUUUAGCAGGGGAGACAGCCGCCGCCCUUGCUGCUGCUGCUAUUGCCUUUCAAGACACAGACCCCGCCUACGCCACAGAGAUGCUAGGCCACGCUAAGGAGUUGUAUGACUUCGCUGACACUUACAGAGAGCUCUACCACGUGUCGAUUCCUGGCGCCGCGGGGUUCUAUCAGUCGUGGAGUGGCUACGGGGACGAGUUGUGUUGGGCGGCUCUGUGGUUAGCGCGGGCCACGGGGGAGGACACCUAUUUGACGAAGGCUAGAGCGCAUUGGGACGAGUUUGACUACACGAAGGAUGAUGUGGCGCAGUUCUCCUGGGAUGACAAGAGAGCUGGGGUCUAUGCGAUGUUCUACUACCUGACGAAGGAGGACCAGUACCUGCAGGCGCUCAACAAGUAUCUGGGGUGGGUGCGGGACGGCGCCACCUACACCCCUGAGGGCUUGGUGCACCUCGACACCUGGGGCGCUAACAGACACGCCGCUAAUGUUGCCUUCCUCGCUGCCAAGAACGGAGUGGACCAAGACACCAACAGGCAGUGGGCUAAGGGACAGAUGGACCAGCUCUUAGGGGCAAACUCGCGGCUCAAGAGGUCCUUUGUGGUGGGGUACGGUCAGAAUCCGCCAGUUAAACCACAUCACAGAUCAAGCUCCUGCCCCUACCCCCCCACGGACUGCUCCGGCGGCCUCAUGAACCCAGGACCUAACCCACACACUCUCUUCGGCGCUCUAGUGGGAGGACCAUCACAGAACGGUGACUAUGAGGACAAACGCGAUGACUUCAUUCACAACGAGGUGGCGUGUGACUACAACGCUGCCUUCACUGGUGCCCUGGCUGCCAUGGUGGAGAUUAGCUAACUUGCCUCAUCUCACCACACCUCACCACACCCUACCUUACGGGAAGUUGUAGUGGAGGAUUACUUGAGAUUACAUUGAUUACAUGCUGAAAUUUUGUGUCUGUCAGUGUCUUGUCUCCUGCAUGAGAGAAAAAUAUGUGACACUUUAUCUAAAUGCUAACCUUUCUCUUCUCUGUUUUA